AUGACUUCGACUACAGAGUCCGUGGCCACGUCGAUCACGGCCACAGCCAUGACAGCACACAAUGGAACUACCAACGAUAUCAAUUCAACGAGUGGCGUGACUCCAGACAAUACCACUUCCGCAAUAUCAACUCCCUCCCCAUCUUCCACCAGUGCCUCCGCAGUAUCGGGAUCCUCUGCAACCCAGAACCGCGCAUCAAUCCGUCGCCCGCCGCGAAAAAGUACCUUGACGCAGCAACAGAAGAACCAGAAACGCCAGCGCGCAACGCAGGAUCAACUGGUUACCCUUGAAACGGAGUUCAAUAAGAAUCCAACUCCGACAGCUGCUGUGCGCGAGAGGAUUGCUGAGGAGAUCAAUAUGACUGAGCGGUCGGUUCAGAUUUGGUUUCAAAAUCGACGUGCUAAGAUCAAAAUGAUUGCCAAAAAAGGCAUCGAAACUGGUGAAGACUGUGAUGCCAUUCCCGAAUCGAUGCGCCAAUAUCUUGCCCUCCAUUUUGAUACUUCAAAGUCUCACGCACGCAACUUAUUCAAUAGAUACCCCGGCUAUGGACCCAACGCGAUGCAUGAGCCUCCUAUCUCGUCUGGCAAAAUCGUUAUCCACCACUUCGCAUGUCGUUCCCUCAGAAUUGGUACCUGGCGUCGUGUAGGCCAAAAUGCCAUGGAUCUAGUGAUCUUCUAUUCGCCUGAGAAGUCUUGCAUGACAUACUAUAUAAAUAACGAUUCUGCUGGGUAUAAGAUCGAAUACCCAUUCUCUUACAUCAAGAAUAUUGUCUUGGAAUCUGGCGACCCAGGGCCGAAUGCUGAUGGCACUCCACCGAAGCCUGGAGGACUGGUUAUCGAACUCAAUCGUCCUCCAAAUUUCUAUAUGGACUCAUCAAACUCGGGCGGAUUUUACCAAUGCAGGGAUUUCACUGAGGAUCAACAGGCUACCAAGUCAAUGAUUCAUUAUCUAGGCGGUCACCCGAAAGUUCUCAGUGUUCAAUUAGCGAAACUGGUAUCGCUUGAGUCAUUCCAAAAUCGUCUGAUGCAGUAUGAUUUCAGCGGAUUCGCUGUGUCAGCUCCUGUUUCUCCGCACAUCGUUCACAGACCGGCCUCGCAACCGAACCAUCUAGCUAGGCCAAAUUCAUCCAUGUAUCAGGAGAAUAAUAACCAAUUCGGAAUGAACUUACAUCCUGGUCGGGGCCAUAAACGGCAACGAAGCCGGUCUGUUCCCGUGCCAGUUGACUUUGCUGCCAUGGGCUACCAUGUGCCGUCAUUCCAUAUCCAACAAUCCCAUCCCCCAGCACAGCAGUUCAACCCAGAUCCUAACAUCUUCGCACCCAUCCCGCAGAGCCGCAUGCCCCAUAUUCCGCCUGUCAGUGAUGACAUGCGGAUAGAUGCCCCACCCGGCUAUGCCAUGGACUUCCAACCCUAUCCCAUGUCUGCAACGACAACGACGAACACUGCGACAACAGCUGCGACCUCCUCGGAAUUCGCCAAUCCGCCUUUCUUCGCUACAGCUGCACCAGCAGACCAGAAGCCGAUUCAGAUGCAAACUCACCAGCAACAGCCUAACACUUCCACCCAGCUAUUAGGAUCACCAUACAGCCUUCCCUUCCUCUCACCGUCUCCAAUGGUUGAUGCCCCAAAUAUGAUACCUCAACAGCAACAACACUCUCCCUCACCAUUAUCGCAUGUCAGCCACGUCGCUACCGAACCAAUGAUCGCGGACCAAUCUCCACCCUCCGUGACGAAAUUGCAACUGAAUCACUCCCCUACGCCUUCUGCGGAUGACUUGUUCUCUCUCUCCCUUGCUGACCAUGACGCCAAACAAGGCAACGACGAACAUAUGGCCGGUAUGCCUGGUCUUGGUCCUGUUUGUGUUGUAGGUGAAGACGGCAGCGAUGAUGCUGCGGGUAUGUUAUUGAGCGAGAUGUACUCGAAGCAAGAUCUUAAUCAAAAUAACGAUCAUAAUAAUCAGGACAUGUCCAUGUCCAUGCCGAUGUCUAUGCCUAUAACUAUGCACCAUGACCACUCGCCGCCGAUGGAGAUGGAUGACGAUAGUUUCGUGCUUGCGUUGCAAGGGUUUGGGGCUGACCAUGAUCACCGACAACAGCAGCAACAUGGCCUUGGUCACUCACCACCAAAUGAGAGUGUUGGCGAUUACCAUGGUAUGCUCCCGUUUGACACUGUGGAUCCGAGCUCCCUUGCUGUGACAGCUGCGGAGGCUUGA